AUGAAGCGCAGCGGCCACACACAACAGCAGCGCCCACGGCGCGCCGACAGAAGCGCAGUGGCGGCGGCGGCCGCCGCCGCCCGCCCUCCGCCGCCCGCGGAGGACUCUAGCGACGACGAGGAGCCGGAGCAGGCCCCGGUGCAGGCCAAGCGGCCCAGGCGCAUGGUUCCAGAGCAUGCCAGCAGCAGCAGUGACUCGGAGGGCGGCAGUGGGGACAGCCAGAGCGACACCGAGACCAGCAACGGCGGAGAGCAGGAGGAGGAUGAAGACGAGGGCCUGCCGCUGGGCCAGCUGGUGGCGCUGCGCCAGGACGGCAGCGCCAGCGCAGAUGCAAUGAAGGCUCGGGCGCGCGCGCUGCGGCACCAGGGCAAGGCGUCGUUCAAGCGGGAGGGCAAGCACCGGCCGGUGGAGAUGAGCAGCAAGAAGCCGGUGCCGGUGUUCCGAGACACGCUGCAGGGCGGCAAGAGGGAUGUGCGGGACCCGCGGUUUGAGUCGCUGAGUGGCGGGCAGUACAAGGAGGAGCAGUUCAAGCGGCGCUACGCUUUCCUGUACGACGACAAGCUGCCCGCUGAGCGCGCCGAGCUGCGGGCGGCGCUGGGCAAGGCCAAGGGCGGGGCGGCACGCGAGGCGCUGCAGGCGCGCAUGCAGCACGUGGAGCAGCAGCUGCGCAGCGAGGAGGCGCGGCGCAAGCGCGAGGGCUUCAAGCAGCAGGUCAAGGCCAAGGAGCGUGCGUCUGUCAAGGACGGCAAGCGCCCCUUCUACCUCAAGAAGAGCGAGCAGCGGCGGCUGGAGCUGGUGGCCAAGUAUGAGGAGCUCAAGGCGGCGGGGCCCGGCAAGCUGGAGCAGUACCUGACCAAGAGGCGCAAGCGCAACGCCGCCAAGGACCACCGCCACCUGCCGGCGGGGCGCCGCGCGCAGGCGGGCAGCGGGGAGCAGUGA